CAGAUGAAUUGGAUCGCCUAAUCACAGUGCCUAGUUCCCGAAUCAAAUCAUCAAAUCUAUUUGAUUAUGCCUAUAUAUUUUUUAUUCAUAUAACUAGCUGCAGCUAAACAAAACAAAUAAACCAAUAAAAUGUCUGGAGUUAGUGAAUCUAGUGCCCAGAAAUUCUGACUCAAAGAUGCUGGAUCCUGGACUGGACUGAAACCUAACCUGAAAUCGUACUUAAACUUCACAGUUUCACAGAAUAAAAAGAUUAUGGACGACGAAUACUUUUAUAGAAUAAAUCUUCUUUUUCGGGACAAUAAAAGCAAAGUAAAAUUGAGAAUAUUACCAGAUGAAGAUGAAGCAACCAAAAGGCGUCGAAAAGCUAGAAAAAAGCUUAAACGAAUGAGGGAAGUUUCGACACCCAAAAAAAUUGCUCACAAUAUCAAAGCAAAUACCUUAACAAAUAGCAAUACUCCUUUAUUAGAUAAAUUCUUUGAAGCAUUUCCAAUAACAGCUUUUCAAACAGGAAAUCAGAACAUCCCAGGAUGUCCCAAAAAGCCAACAGAGAUGAAUUUAGAAACCAUCGAGAAACAGACUCCUCAAGCCACUAUUUCAGAAAAGGGAGAACUUUCUAUGGAAGUUUGUGUAAAUAUUACCAUUGAUCAAAAAGAAAAUUUAUCAGAAACAGACUAUGACCAGAAUAACACUGUAUUGGAGGGUCUUUUCAAAUCAGACCAAAUAAAUCAAACACCUAAAAAAUAUUAUGAGUAUUUUGGAAGCGAGAGGCUUGAUAAAUCGAUAAUCACAGGAAGCAACAAAAGCUCUAGCACUAUUUCAUCAUCAAGCCCACAGUUUUAUUAUUGCGAGGAACCUGACAGGAGUGACCAAUUGAUUUCAAAGGAACUCGAGUGUCAAAAAGAAAUUAAAUACACUCCAGAAACUCAGAAUAAAUGCCAUAAUUUUACUAAUGAAGCAAUAGUUUUUAAACCGGCAACUUCAACUUUCAAUAGAAAUAAAGAGAAUAGUGGUCGUAGUGGUAAAUCGUUACUUAGUGUUGACAGUGUAAAACGCUUUCAGUCAAGUCCCGAAGAUAUUACCAAAAUGCACUUCAAAAAGACAACUAAAUGUUCACCGAAUAUUUUUAGUCAUAGGUUUAGGACCAUAAGCAAACCAUCAUUGUCUCAAGAAAAACAAAGUAAUUUUUAUGAAGCCAACCGUAUAAAAAGGAGAUUAAUCUUUGACGACAAACAAGUGAAUGUGGUUUCUCGAGAAUUUGAAAAUAAUUCAGCUGGAAAAAUUGUACGUUUUAAUGAAUCUGAAAAAGACAGACCACAUCAGGACUUUUUUACAAAAAUUAAUUAUAAUAGCAAACAAAGUUUCCAACAACAUCCUAAUGUGUAUAUGUUUGAGACUAAAAACAAUACAUCUUUUUUUGAAAGGCAGCAAUGUAAUUCUCAAAAAGUAAGCCAAAUCAAAAGAAAUUUAUUAUUUCAAGAUAAAGAAGUCAAUAAAAAUUAUAGUUUUUGGGAAUUUGAAAAUUAUAAAGCGGGAAAGAAUGUGCCUCCCAAUGAAUCUUAUCGCGACAUACCACAGCAGACUUCUAAAUUCCUUGCAAAAGAAACUAACAUUAACCUUCUUGACCACUUAGUUUUAAAUGACAAAAGUUAUUUUAACUGCAAAAAAAACCUUCAAGAUCAACAGCCUGCAAGUGCUACAAGUGCCACCACGUUUGAGAAAAUUAAUGCAGCAUCUCACAAAGUAACUGAUCGCUUCGUAAAGUCUAAGCAGUCCGCGACUUGUUUGUCAAAUCCUGACGGAGAUAAUUGGCCUCCAAAAUUUGAAGAAACGGCCGCGUUUCUAAGAAAGCUACUUCAAGGCAAAAGUGAACGAGCAUCGCUAAAGUUAACUGCAUCGGAAAUACAGUCUAUUGAUCAUUGCGAUGCUUUUAACAAGGAAAUUGAUCAAACAUCUCAACCAAAUAAUUCUGAAAUUGUUGCGAGAAAAAUGGUCAAUAAUGCUGCCGCUUCACAGAUGUCUCAGAUAAUAUCCCAAACAACCUUGUUUUCUAGUGAGGGAUAUGAAACCAUGCCAAGCAAUGAUAAUAUAUCAGAUAAACCAUCAGAUAACCGUGAAACACCAAUUUUUUUCAAAGAAAAUGCAGUUGAUUACAUUGAAAAAAAUCUGGAAAAUGAUAAUUCAAAGCAAGGUGCAACAGAAAAUAAUGGCUCUGCAAGUUACGUACAAAAUUUGAAAAAUAUUGGAGUAGUUGAAGGUGAUAGCAAUGCUGCUAUGAAACAAAGACCAUGCUCUCAAAGUCAACCUACAAUAACCAACUUCUCAUGUGAUAUGCAGAACACUCCAAACCAACCUAUACACAUAGUUAGUUGUAAACAGAGUGCACCUGAAGUUUCAAAGGUAGACACUCAAAAUAAAAAUAAACCAGAUAUGAAGACUAAUUUCAUAUCUACAAGUUGUGUGGAACAACAUGAUAAUGAACCAACAACUUUUAGGGAUAAUGCAACCAAGAAUAAUAGGGAAAUCGAUAUUAUAAAUGUUCCACCAGAAUCAAUAAUAAAUCAUGAAAAUAUGCAAAUUACAGAAGAUCUAAUCAAUGAUACAUUAUUUACAGAGAACAUUAUUGAUACGCUAUUCACAUCCAAUGAUUAUGAUGAAAACCUAUUAUUUAAUAAACCUGACAAAUGGUUUAAUUUUUCAAAUAAACCAACGGUUGAAUCUAACAAUAUAUUUUCAUCACAACCAAAUAUGUUUCAAGAGGAUCCGUUUAUGAUUAGCCAAGAAAAUAGGAAGUGUUGCAGUCAAAUGGAUAAUGAAAUAGCCCAAAAGGAAUGCAAGUUAAGGGAAAGUAAUGCACUAGCAAAUUGCAUCAUUCACAAGGAUAAUUUGUUGAAAGAACUUUUGACUCAAAAAAAUGACAUUUUGAAGUCUCUUCACAAAAAUAGGCGAAAGAUCCAGAUUAGUGAUGAACAGGAAGUACUUGCAAAAACCUAUAUCAAGAAAUACACAAAAGAUAAUAUGCGUAUUUUUAAAAUAAAACAACAAUUUAAAUCCAAAUUCAACGAACAAUAUCAGCCACCCGAAGAGCAAAUUAUGAAUCGAUUUACAGAAAAAGCCAAUAAAGAUUUUAGGGACGAUGAAUCCUUGACUUACGUAGAAGAACUUGAGAGAGUAUCCUCGCCGAAUUCAUAUAUGACAGAUGACACAAAUUUGAACGUCCUACCAACGAGUAAUGAGUCAGAAAACUUAUCUCAAACUCAAUUAUUAUUACGCGAGGCUAUAGAUGAGCUGUACAAAGAUCCUACUCUCCAGUUUUCGCGAUACUCUGAAUCGGCUCCCAAAGAACUUGACAGAACCUCCAUUCUGGUACAGAUUCAAACAAUCAUAAUUGGUAUUUUGGAAGAUUACGAAAAUAACGACACGCCGUAUUUUGAAUUUCCAAUGUCUAUUGACUAUAUUUUCAAGGAUGAGAGGUACCAAAUAAAAGAAUCGGCCCGACUCAGAAGGAUAUGUUUCAAGAUCAACAACAUGGUGGGCCCAACGAGAUUUAAUGUGAUGCUGUUUGUAUUGAAUAAAAUCAGGAUUUUAUUAGAAACUGAUACGAAACUUACAAAAAGGGAAAUCUAUUAUCAAGUUCGAACCAUACUCAAAAAGCCAUAUUUAGUGGAUACAAUUAUAUGCAAUAUCUCACGAAUUCUUAAAGUGGGCCCCUGGGCAUUAAAUAUAACUGCUCAGAAAGGGCUCGUUUAUGGAAAUUUGAAAUUGGUGAUGGACGACGCUGAGAUUGUAAAUUGCAACGUUCCAGGAACCUGUGUACCCAAAGAUGUAACAAGUAUUUGUGAAAUUCAUACUGAUGCUCACUUUAUUUUGGUCGUUGAAAAGGACUCUAUUUUUCAGAAGUUGAUUGACGAGGAUUUACCAAAAAGGUUAACGAGACCAUUCAUUUUAAUAACUGGCAAAGGAUAUCCAGAUCUUAGUACGCAAUUGUUUUUAAAGAAACUCUGGAUGACUCUAAGCGUCCCAGUCUUUAUUUUAGUUGACGCGGAUCCAGACGGCAUAUCAAUUAUGUUCAAUUACAGAUUCGGUUCUCUGACGAAUGCCCACAUUUCUGAGCAUCUAGCCAUUCCAAAAGCGCGCUGGAUAGGCGUGUUUCCCACGGAUAUACGUAAAUUCGAAUUCCCAGAGCAAUGUUUGAGCAAACGAGAAAUAGAAAAACUUCAGUCUAUGUUACGGAUGGAGUGCGUUCGUAAAAACCAAAAGAUAAAAGAACAGUUGGAAUAUCAAUUGGAUCAUGGGAUUAAGACUGGAAUUGAGGGUGUUCAGAAAAACGAAACGUAUUUGAGUAAUCAAUAUUUGACUACCAAGUUUUACAGUAAGGAUUUUAUUUAAUUUAUGUUAAUUUAAUUGUUCUAUCAAUCUUUGUACUUAUAUUAGGUAAGUUUAUUUGUUCACUUUUUUUAUUAGUACCUGAAAACUAUUUGGUUUAGAGAAUAAUAAUUAUUGUAAUAUUAGUAACCCACUGAUGUGUUUUCCAUAGGUACGUAAAUGUUAGAUUUUUGGUUCAAUAGUGUAACCAAAUGAUCAACAAAUGUGUAGCUUAUGUUUUGGUAGAUUUGAGCCUAUACGUUUUGCGAAAGGAACAUAUUCUCCAUGAGAAAUUCGAUUUCACAUUUUUUCAGAUAAAAAUGAGUCGUUUUCAAUAAACGGGAUUUUUAACUUCUAGCUUAUCGCUUUUGUCAAAUAUUAUUAACAUUUAUUUACAUCAAACUUUGGUUUAAAUCAUAGGUAACAGUUUGCGUCCCCAUUUAUGUAUUGAAACGUGACCUAACUUAUUAUUAGAAUGCCUUUUUGUUUAUUUCCAUAAGAGAAAUGUUUUAUGUUCUAUAUAAUUAUUCAAUUCAAUAAAUUUA